GCAGUGUUGUUCUGUAGUCCUUGGCGAUGGAGAGACCAGGGCUUUUUGUCUUCCUGUGCUGGGCACUUCCUGUCCUAUCUUGUCCUGGUAUCCUUGGAGCUGGGUACACUGGCACACCGGUCCAGUGCCAGAAGGUUGAAUUUGUGCCCGGUUACAACCUGGCAGGUGAAGGUUUUGACAUAGUGAAAAUGCAGCGCAAAGGUGCCUAUGUGAUCAACAUGGAAGACUGGAAGAAGGCAGAUGGCACUUGUGAAUUGAGAAGGAACCAAUACUUAAACGGGAAGAUGCAGAAGAUCCCCUUGGCCAUGGUGGACUGGAGAACCAUUUCCAGCUGUAAGAUGAAGCUCUCCAGCACCAUCUAUGAGUCCAGUGAAUCCCUUGUGAACGACAGCACCUCCAGUGUGGAAAACAACUGGAAAACUGGCCUGGAUCUAAAUUGCAACCCCAAGUUUCGAGUAGGGGCAGCUUUUGGGGGGACUCACUCCCGGGAUGCCAACUUUGCUAUGAAGAAGUCAAAGGAAGAUAGAUACAGUUUCACCAGCCAUGAGGUCAGCUGCAGCUUCUACAGGUACAGGUUAGUUACCAAGCCCCCACUUCACAAGGAAUUUCAAGUCUCUGUGAAGAUGCUCCCUAAAAAAUACACUUCUAGUACUAAACACCAGUAUUACUAUAUGAUCCAGACUUAUGGCACUCACUUCAUCACCCAGGUCAGUCUGGGAGGCAAGGUGAAGAGCAUCACCUCCAUCAAGUCCUGCCAAGCCACCUUGAAUGGGCUGACGGACACGGCGGUGAAGGACUGCCUCGAUGUGGAGGCCUCUGCCAAUAUUGGAAUGGCUCCCUCGAUGAAGGUUGAGUUCCAGCGUUGUGAAAGUCUGAAGAGGAGCAUGCACUCAGCCCAGAACUUCAGCAGCAUGUUCAGCGACCGCCACUCUGAGGUCACUGGAGGACUGUUUCAGCAAACAGACCUCCUUUUCUCCGGCGCCUCAAAUUCCAAGAUUUAUAACCAGUGGAUCCAAACCCUGAAAACCCUCCCCGACGUGGUGUCCUACUCACUGAAACCCCUGCAUGAGUUGGUGCCGAUAAAAAACCCGGCGAGGCAAGGCUUACAGCAAGCCCUGCAAGACUACAUCCUGGAGAAUGCCCUGUUGAAGAAGUGUUCGGAGCCAUGCCGGAUGGGGGCGAGGGCGAGUGUCAGGGACUGCUGCGCUUGUGUCUGCAACAGCAAUCAAGACAUCAAGUCCAACUGCUGUCCCGCUAGGAAGGGUCUGGCUCAGCUCCGGGUCUUUGACCUGAAGGCACAGGGGCUGUAUGGAGAUCUACUCGGUAAAACAGAUGGGUCGGUUCGGGUUUCAUAUGGUGAAAUAAUUAGACAGACUGGAGUAAUUAAUAAUAAUGACAAUCCAAUCUGGCAUGAAACCUUGGAGUUUGGAAGCAUCACAAUAAGUAUGGCCACGCAGCUGAAGUUCGAAGUCUAUGAUGCAGACCACGUGUGGAACAGUGACCUGCUGGGAAAGUGCUCUUUUCCUCUCCAGCAAGGAACUGUGAAGAAUGUGUGCUAUUUUAAGCAUGGCACCUUCUUUUUCUCCUAUACAGCGGAGUGCGCCCCCAGCCUGGGUGGCCGCGAGUGCAAUGAGUACAUCCCCUCUCCCAUGAGUCCCAGCCUGGCAAUGCAGUUCCACUCGAGGAAUGGAGUUCUGGCCUCGGAGAGCUGGGUGGCAGAGUUCCAUAAAAAUCACACCGUGUGGCACGUCAAGAAAUAACGCAACAGGCAACACCAAACUACUCACAUACUGUAUAACCAUUAACUGCUUUUUGCUGAACUAACCAGGCCAGACAACCCAGUUCCUUUAAACAGAUAAUGGGUAUGGCUUCACUUAGCUUCAAAUCUCUACCCCCUCAUACUUCUCUUUAAACCACCUAACAGGGCAUUCCUCCAAUCCAUUUUAUCCAGACAGAGCAUGUUGCAGGAGACCAGUUAGUUCUGUGAGACAUAGUACACUCACCUGGAGCUUUGUUAUUGUGUGUCAUCUUGGCAUAGUACAAUAUGGUACUCUUUACCAAAAACCUAAAUAAUCACUUUAUUAAGGAAUUCACAAAAAGCAAAGAUUGGGAUUUUAUUUUUGAAAUGCAACCUCCAACAUGUUUAAGAGCUUAAAACAGUUCAGGUUAAUUAUAUUGUUAAUUGAGUCAAUUAAGUUUGCAAGCUGGUCUAGAACAGGUGUGUGGUCCCUUCUGCAACAGCACUGGGAACCUGUGCCCGAAGGGGCUUGAACAACAAGGAUUGGGAAGAACAAUAUAAGUAAAUGUGGUUUCCCCUCCUCACGGGGAUACUGAAAAAUCCUUUAGAGUCUUACAAUAAUCCAAAUACAAUGGGCUUAUACGACUUUCAUUUUGUACUUUGCAUUCUGAUUCAUGAGCUGCAUUUAACUGAACACACAAUAAAGCAUUUGAAAAGGAUA